ACCAUCCACCAUAUAGACUGUAGACUGUUUGGAUGCGAGGGACAAAACAGCAAACUUGGCGAAGGGAACUCAUCCAGGUCACUAUGGUCUCGGAGCUGUCAAAGGUUUCACUCUGAAGAAUGGAAGAUUUACACAUUAACAACACUUCACAGGACAACAGGGACAUCUUUGACUACUAUUACAUCUUUACCUCCUUUGACACCUUUGGUCAUACUGCUGAAGCUGAAUUCAUCAUAAAUGUGGUGACAUGCGUAAUCUUAAGUAUCGGCCUGCCUUUGACCCUCAUGGCCAUCUAUGCUCUCUACUCUCAGGUGAGAAAUGAUCAUGUUGCUCCGAUCUACAUCAUCAACCUUCUCAUCUCUGACGUCAUUCAGUUUUGCUACAUGAUCAUUGAGGUGGUGCUUGCCGAGAACCUUAUGAUAUACGUCAUCUUCUUUAACAUAUACAUCUAUUGUCUGCAGGCCAGUGUUGGCUUCAUGGUGUGUGUCGCCCUGGAAAGGUAUUUGGUCAUCGCCUGCCCACUGUGGUACCGCUUCAGACGAACCAUCAAGAUCUCUGUGCUGGUCUGUGUUGUGGUCUGGGUCCUUCCUGCUCUUUGUCACAUUGUCUCUUUUUGCUCGGACCCUGAAACAGCCGAAAUCAUUGUUGCCGUCUUUUUACUCCUUCCCCUCCCACUGCUCAUAUUUUUCCUGGGUGGGACCCUCAGAGCUCUGUCUGCCUCCAUCUCGGUCCCAUCUGACGAAAAACGACGAAUUGUAGGACUGUUGGUCCUGGUGCUGCUGAUUUACACACUACUGUUCCUGCCCAGCAUCAUUUGGUUCAUUGCAACAUCAAACAGAAAUAAUUACAUUCUUCACAUUGCGUUUCCUGUGUUUCUUAAGUUGAGUCCUCUUGCAGAUUUAGUUCUGUAUGUUUUCAUGAGGAAAGGUGCCAUAGACAGGCUCUUGGCCGCUGUGUGUUGUUGCAGAAUGAGCCGCAAUGAAAACAGGAGUACGGCAGUAUCAGUGGUGACAACACAUCCACAGUCAGCUUCAAGUAGGCAGAGACAGAGGGAGACAGUGACAGAGAUAGAGGAGGGAACAGAAAACAUGUAGGCUGACAGGAAGGACAGAGACACAACAGAUUCUGUCCUCUACUGAUAUGAUUUCCAGUAAGACACCUAACUGUAGAUAGCAGGAAGUCUUGUCCUGACUCUGCUGUGGGAGUUCUGCUCACUGGGAAAUUUGUGAUGGCUUCAACAAAUGUUAAUCAAAUAUGUUUUCCAUAAGUUUAGCUGUAAGCUGAUGUCUAUCAUUAUCAUUAAUCACAGAAACAAACCAGAUAUUAUCUUUGAUUCAGUGAGCUCAUUAAAGCUGCCACACUGUCUUAAACUAAACCUUUAUUUAGACUUUAACACAGAAAGAGCAUCUUAACAAGUCUGCAGGACCUUUUACUGCUUUAGUCUCUCAUAUUCAUUUUAAUGAGGUUGUUCACUACAUUUUCAGUUGUCACUCAUGUAUGUUUAUCCCAGACUGUGUUUGAUUUGCUUUUUUGUUAUAUUUUGUAGAGAUCAAACUAUACUGUUUAUUUCUUUAUUUAAUCUUAGUUUUAUUUGG